AUGAAAACUUUCCAAUCUACAACUAUUGCAAUCAUUGCAGCAACAUGCAUGCUCAUUGCCAUGAUGCUCUCAUGCACCAAUGCUCAACGUUUGUCUACUCAAUUCGGUCACUUGAUGAGCUCACAAGCUCUGAUCAAGCAAAUUAAUUUGGAUCCACAAUCAACAUUUAAAGCUCAAUUGUAUCCAAGAUUUGAGUGGGGUCAUGUUCCAAGUGCUACAGUUUCUGAUAGAAUGUGCGUUCAAUCGAGUGCUAAAUUCCAAGAAAGAUUAUCCACCCAAUAUAUUUUGGAAUGUGAUACUAGAGAUUUUGGAUGUAAUGGUGGUUAUUUGAAUACUGAAUUCGAAUUUGAAUUAAAGAGAGGUAUUCCAACUGAAAAAUGUGUUCCAUACUCUGCUGUUAAUGGUACUUUGGCUAAUUGUCCAUCCAAAUGUGUCAAUGGUGAACCAUUAGUUUUAUACAAGACUAAGGCAGUUCAAAACCUUACUGGAGAGCAUGAUAUGCAACAAGCCAUCUUACAAGGAGGAAGUAUUAUGACAGAACUUGACAUGUAUCAAGAUUUCCUCUAUUAUUCCAGUGGUGUCUAUCAACAUUCUGCAAAUUUGAGACAACCAAUUGCUAAGUUUGUUGUCAGAAUUAUUGGAUGGGGAGUUGAAAAUGGUGUUAAAUAUUGGAUUGUUCCAAAUAUUUGGGGUAAAACAUGGGGAAUGCAAGGUUAUAUCUGGAUUCGUAGAGGUAAUAAUGAAAGUAAUAUUGAAAAGGAUGCAUUCGCUUUCCAAGUUUACUAAACAACUUCAUCCAUACACAAACUAUUCAAUAAAAUAAUUGAGUUUUAAAA